UUUGCAGGAUAUCGCUGCCUGCCUACUUCCAAGGAUGCAUUUGCGGUGGUAGAUGCUGAAAGAUAAGUCCGCUGUCUGUGCGCAAUAGCAUUUUGAGUUAUCACAUUUAGCUAAUUUUCAGGAAUUGAGAGAUACUAUUUCUCUCCGAAGAGAAUUGAAAAUGGAUGAAAUGGAGGAAGAAUUAAAAUGCCCUGUCUGCGGAUCGUUUUUCCGGGAGCCGAUCAUUCUACCGUGCUCCCACAACAUUUGCCUGGCUUGUGCUCGGAAUAUCCUAGUGCAGACCCCGGACGCUGAAUCUCCGCAGAGUAGCCGUGCUUCUGGCUCGGGAGUCUCCGACUACGAUUACCUGGAUCUCGAUAAAAUGAGCUUGUACAGCGAAGCGGACAGUGGAUACGGUUCGUAUGGUGGCUUCGUUAGUGCCCCGACCACCCCUUGCCAGAAAUCCCCAAACGGGGUGCGUGUUUUCCCACCUGCCGUCCCCCAACCCCCUCCUCAGCACCACUUGCUAGGACACCCAGGUUCCCUACCUCCAAUCCCACGCAACUCCUGCCUCACAUGCCCGCAGUGCCAUCGCAGCCUCAUCUUGGACGAGAGGGGGCUCCGCGGGUUUGCCAAGAACCGGGUGCUGGAAGGGGUCGUGGACCGGUACCAGCAGAGCAAAACAGCCGCUCUCAAGUGUCAGCUCUGCGAGAAGAGUCCCAAAGAGGCCACUGUGAUGUGCGAGCAAUGUGACGUGUUCUACUGUGACCCUUGUCGCUUGAGGUGCCACCCUCCCCGAGGUCCGCUAGCCAAGCAUCGCCUCGUGCCCCCGGCGCACGGCCGGGUAAGCCGUCGGACAAGUCCCCGGAAGAUCUCCACUUGUACGGAGCACGAACUGGAGAACCUGAGCAUGUACUGUGUUCAGUGUAAGAUGCCGGUGUGUUACCAGUGUUUGGAGGAAGGAAAACAUGGGACACACGAAGUCAAAGCUCUAGGAGCUAUGUGGAAACUGCACAAGGUAGGGUCACGUGUUCCAAAUCGUUACAUGUAUACCUCUAUUUUUUCCAAUGUCAUAACGCGCACAAACUCACCAAUUAUAGUCCUUAAAUGGGUCCCUAUGAAUUUCGUUCGUUGAUGCAAUUGUGGAAACGAAUAGCGUGUAGGCUAUUCUACAUUUUAAUAUAAGCGUAACUUUUAAGUUCCAAGUUGAAUUGAUUGUGUGUGAAAACAAUUUGAUUAAAUAAGAUUAAAUAAUGUGUAAUAAUAGCCUAAAAACUAUUACAUGUUUUGUUCACACUUCACUUCCGUCUCUGUUGGGAUGAGCUGCUAGUCUAUAUCUGCUCCAAGGUUGUCAGUAAAUCUACUUGGAAGAGACUGUAGCAAAAUCCCAUUUUACAAGAGGCGCUCCCGGUCCGUCUCCCGAGUAUAAUAAAUUGUCGAGGGGCCAGACGCAGAGGUAGAGUCAUAAGGUUCUUGCUGAGAGAGGACCCAGCAGCAGUAUUGCUGCAUCACGGGGAAAGCUACCACCCCCUUCUCUGUAACCCUGUAAAGUUUGGACCCGUUUUUGAUUAUUAACUGUGACGUAUGAGAAAUACAUUAUACUGUGGCUUCGAGAAUAGGUGACAUAAGGCUUGCUUCCCAAUUGGCACCCAAUACCCUGUAUAGUGCACUACUUUUGACAAGGGCCCGCACUAUAUUUUGUUAAUAUAGGAAUAUUAUAAUGGAAUAGUAUGCCGUUGAGGACAGAAGCGCUGUGUUUCUAUCUUCAUACUCGAGUCUUUUCUGGUCCCCUUCACAUUCUCAGCUG